AUGCCGGCCACGUUGGGCACCCCAGCACCAGAUGCCGAUGGCAAGCUGACAGAGAAGCUCGCUGGCGCCUCCUUGGCCAACCAGGACGCUCUGGCCGCUUCCAAGAACGGCAAUGGCAACGACGCAGCUGCUGAUGACGACGACGACGAUGAUGCUGAGGACGGUGAGGAUGGUGACGCCGCAGCUGGAGGGGACGGAGCUGCCAAGAAGAAGAAAAAGAAGGGAAAGAAGUCGGGAGCAGCGAAAAAGAAGGCCAAAGCCCUCAAGGAGAAGCAGGCAAAUGGCAUCGGCCUCACGCAGACGUCUCCUGAACCCACGCUCGGCCUGUCCAAGAUCUGGCCUAGUGGGGACUAUCCUGAGGGGGAGAACUGCCCUUACGACGAGGAGAAGUUCACAGACGACACGCGAUCUCGCCGCACACCAGAGGAGCUUCGUGAGCGCGAGAGGUUGGCGCAGGAGGGAGAGGGAAACUCGUUCAGCCAUAUCCGUAAAGCGGCUGAGGUGCAUCGCCAAGUCAGAAAGUACGCAAGGGGAGCUAUUCAGCCGGGGAUGAGCAUGACCGAGAUUGCCAACUUGAUCGAGGACAAGGUCAGGCUCUUGAGCGAGCACGACCCUGAGAAUCCCUUCAAGGCUGGCAUGGGCUUCCCGACUGGACUGAGCUUGAACGAGUGUGCGGCGCACUACACCCCCAACGCUGGAGACAAGAGGAUCCUCCAAAAGUCGGACGUGCUCAAGGUGGACAUCGGCGUGCAGUGCAACGGCCGUAUCUGCGAUUCAGCCUUCACUCUCAACUUUGAACCCACGCACGACCCGCUCCUCGAAGCCGUCAAGGCUGCUACGGCCGAAGGUGUCAAGCAAGCGGGCAUCGACUCCAUCCUCGGCGAAAUUGGCGCCUCGAUUCAAGAGGUCAUGGAGUCGCACGAAUACGACUAUAACGGCAAGACGCACCAGGUCAAGUGUGUGCAGAACCUGAACGGGCACAACAUUCAGCAUUACUCUAUCCAUGGAGACAAGAGCGUGCCCAUUGUUGCGAUGCCGAACCUCAAGACGAGGAUGGAGGAAGGAGAGUACUUUGCCAUCGAGACUUUCGGGUCUACGGGCAAGGGCUACGUCGUCGACUCUGGGGACUGUUCGCAUUAUGCUCGUAGCAAGCACGUCAGCGCCAACCCUACAUUGAGGGUCGCGAGUGCCAGGCCGUUGUUGCAUGCGAUCAACAAGAACUUUGGCACGCUCCCCUUCUGCCGACGCUACCUGGACCGAGUGGGCGAGAAGAACUAUCUCUUGGGCCUCAAGCACCUUGUCUCGCAGGGCAUCGUGCAGGACUACCCGCCACUCUCAGACAUUGCUGGCGUUGGUGCCUACACGGCGCAAUUUGAGCACACGAUUCUGCUUAAGCCAACGGGCAAGGAGAUUGUGAGCAAGGGCGAGGAUUACUGA